AUGGCUAUCCCCACCACGGAUGUUUUGAUCCCAACCGAAUUUUAUGCAUUACCCAAAAAUGCAGACAGGAAGCGUGGAAACGGCAUUACAUGGAUGAUAUGCAUAAUCGUAGUCUUUGACUUGUACCGUAAUCCACUCUCUGAGUACAAAAUGAUGAGAACUAUAUAUUUAAGACAGUCAUUGACAUUGAUAUUACCCCUGCCGAAGGAAAUAACUCUAAAGAUAUUCUCCUUUUUAGACACAGUGACGCUCUGUCGAUGUGCACAAGUUUGUAGGACCUGGAAUACUUUAGCUUUGGAUGGUAGUAAUUGGCAACAUGUAGAUCUCUUUUGCUUUCAAAAAGAUAUUGAAUGUAAAGUUAUCGAGAGGAUUGCACAACGUUGUGGAGGCUUUUUGAAAACGCUUAAUAUUCGAGGAUGCAUAAAAGUUGGAGAUAAUGCUUUAGAGACAUUUUCCCAACAUUGCCGAUACAUAGAAGCACUAAAGUUAGAGGGAUGCAGUGCUAUAACGGAUAAAACUUGCAUAAGUCUUGGAAGAAACUGCCCUUAUUUACGAUAUCUAGAUAUAUCUUCUUGUUCGGGAGUUGGCGAUGAUUCUCUAAUAGCAAUAGGCAAUGGUUGCGGUUCAUUAAGUUAUUUAGAUAUUUCAUGGUGUAAUCGGAUUACUGAUAGUGGCAUCAAGAAUUUAACGAAGGAGUGCCCCAAACUUCGAACUCUACUAAUGAAAGGUUGCACUCAGUUAACGGAUGAUGCAGUUAUUACAGCAGCAAAGAAUUGCAAGGAAUUGGUUAUUUUAAAUUUACAUAACUGUAUAGGUAUCCAUGAUGUUUCUGUUGAAGGAGUUAGUGUAAAUUGUCAUAGCCUAGAAGAGUUAUGCAUGUCAAAGUGCGACCUAAUUACAGAUGCUUCCUUGAAGUAUCUGGGUCACGGUUGUAAACAUUUAAGAGUAUUAGAGGUUGCCCACUGUUCCAGUUUAACGGAUAAUGGCUUUCAAGUAUUGUUAAAAAAUUGCUGCGAUAUUGAACGACUAGACUUGGAAGACUGUGCUAGGAUAUCAGAUAAUGUGUUAAAUGAAAUGGCAUUGUAUUGUCCAAAGUUGCGUUCUUUGGUUCUAUCGUAUUGCGAGCAUAUAACAGACUCUGGUAUACGUAAGAUAGUUCAGAGCCCUAUUAAAUAUAAUAUUGAGCAUUUAGAACUCGAUAACUGCCCACAACUCACUGACGGCACUUUAGGCCAACUACAUGAAUGUCGUAAUCUGAAACGUAUUGGAUUGUAUGAUUGCCAAGGCAUUACCAAAAGUGGCAUUAAAAGACUGAUGAAUCAGUUACCAUCUGUACAAAUUCAUGUAUACUUUCCUCCUGCAACGCCAGCUGAUCAAGCAGAAACUGCGAGAACUAGAAUGUGUAGAUGCUGUCAUAUAUUGUAA